GUUGACACUCGAUCAUUCUGGAAUAAUUCUGGGUUAAUUCUGGAAUGAACGGAAUGACGAUGAUGAUUCUAGCAAAAAUGAUCAAGUGCGGGUAAGAGUGUAACUGUCAUAAUAUUUAUCUUUUCAAACCAAAACAUGUUGCGGUGCUCUGCAGCAUUGGGACCUGGUAGGACAACAGAACCGGCGGUUGUUCUGUACUGUUUCGGUGCCGGAGACAUCCAGAGCAACGGCCGGAUUGGCCUUCACUUGAAUCUGCACAAUCCAGGUGUUGGCCAUAAGACGAGGUUGGCAAUAUUGAAAUUGCUCAGUGGUUGUUGAGUGGAUUUUUUUAAACUGACUUUCAAUUUCGGAUUUCCCUGGACAGCAUCUAUGUGGACCAGCUGCGUACCGGCGAGGCCAACGUGCUAGUUAUUCCGGUGGAAGUUGAGCCAGCGCAUCCACGAGCAGACUUGGAAGCGGUUGAGGGACUUGUUUGGGCCGUUGAUAGUGAAGGAAGCGACUGAGCUGUGGUGGCGGAGAUUCCUAGGACGAGUCGGAGGAGGAGUUUGCGAGGAGGCUGAUGCCGACGGGCAGGACUUUGAAGAUUAACGAGAAAGAUGAGCGGGAGAUGUUUCAAAACAAGAACGGCGUCAAGACGUGCAUGCCGACCGAGAUCGUCAUGGACAAAAUCACCGAAAAGCAAACGGAAAAUCAGACGCAGUUUUCCUACAUCGAUUCGCUCAAAAUGGAAGAUUUCGACUAAUGGAUUCUAGAAAUGUAUAAAGCGCCUGGGACGUGCUGAAGUGCUACCGAAGUGGGCAUUAUACGGAAUCACACAACUAAAGUGCUGCUACCAUGCUCCAAGGGAAUUGAAUAAUUUCCGGCUUCACCCAGUACAUUUCCCAACGGUUCUAAAAUUUGCCGCGCGUUUUUACGACCUGGCCCAGUACAACAUGCUCAACUCCUAUCUGUACAAGACGCUCAAGUGAGCCUUAUUCAAAGUGGCCGCCUUCAUGAAGGUCAUUAUCCUGCCGCUGCGCGAGUCUGGCGAUUGAACGAUCCGCGAGGCCAUCAUCUUAGGCAGCACUUUAAUCUCGACGAACAUCCCGAUACUGCACACCUCAGAACUUCGAGGACCAGUUACGCAAUGGCGAGUUCAACGUGCGUGCUGGUCGUUCCGGUGGAGAUUGAUUCUGUCAUCGUAUUGGGCCACACCGCCCUCGUCGUGCUGUUGAACAUAAGCGACUGAUGUUAUGUCCCAUACUGCACGUACUCGGAGUGGUCAGUCGGGGCCACCGGAUGACCAGCGAAAGAAAGCAAAAAUCGACAGCUUGACCAUCUGGAGCCUGGACGUCGAUGACGAACCAACUUUAACCCUCUUUCAUGAUCUCCGAAACGCCGCGUACUAAAAUAAAACCUGAGGCACGAAGAAAUGCACUCUUUGUCCCGCAAUGAGUUCUAGCAUCCAACAACAAAUCGUCCGCGGUGGACUUCCGAGCGCUUUCCGCGAAUCGUGCGCAAUCCGUACCUGUGGAUGAUCUUGGCGAUUGAAAAGACUCGAGCUGAAGCGGCGUCGGGAGCAGCUGAUCAAGAUUUUCCAGAGUUCAGUGUUUGAGGUGUUCCUUCUGGGAUAGACGAUUACUGGUUGACAGAAAGAGCCACAACAUGGCGGACAGUGUAAUGUAAUUUGAUGAUAUUGUUAAAUAAAGUUUGAUUAAAUUGAGUUGGUUUAAUUUUAACCAACACGGUGACGUAACCGCAUCGGCAUUGUAAGUUUUAGAUGGGGUUGCUGGAGCGGAACCUACGGAAGCGAUUUCUGGUGUUCCAGCUGAGGACUCAAUGGACAUUGAUAUUCAACAUUGAUCAGCUGGACAGCGGUCAUCGUCCGCAAUCUAUCGGCUCGUCCAAGGGCAUCCCAGUCCACUCAGCGAGCCGGGUUGGGUUACCAUUCUGAUCAACAACGUUCUCCUCGGAUGAUGAACUCGAAGUUUUUAUUCACAACUUCCUGGCCACGCACGCCGUGAUCCGAAAGGCUACGUCGGAGAAGAGGACUUUGCAAGUGGUCAUCAAGUACCACCAGGAAGGCUGACACGAUGAUCGCUAAACCGGAAGCGGCUGUUUUGGUCUUUGCGAUGUUGAAGGAUGUCUUCUUCUGGAUGAACACAUCAUGGUUCCGGAAGUCCAAGCGCAAGCGCUUUCUUAAGCAGCUGCACAACUCGCAUCUCGAGAUCGUGCGCAUGAAGUCACUUGCGCGCUGUUACAUUGCCGAUCAGCUGCUCGAUGAUUAUACUCACUCCAGAGCCGGUUCCGGAGCGUAUCUUGCUAGAAAAGAAAGUCAAACCAUAACUGAGAGGGGAAGAAAAUGUUUUUGCUGCUAACUGCUAAAA